CGACUCCCUAGGCCAGCUGUAGUUCCCCUACACACGAGUGCACUGACAGUCCACCAGCGAGCGGCAAGGAUAACUUCUGAACGUUUGGAGCGUUAGGGAAUAUACAAACGUGAGACAUCUUUAAUGUGUUUAUACUUUCGCGGAAUAUCGUUUUUACGUGCGUCUGUAACAACACUGUUCUUAUCAUACUAGCAGUAUCUUGGGUGCAUUCGUUGACACGCGGGUGAUUUGGCUGAGUAUGAACUCGUGCGUGAACUGUCUUGUGCCAAAAGUGCCAAAAAGCGUGCCGGGGAUCUCCUCUCCCUAAGCUUGAAACACCUUGAAUACAGGCUGAAGACUCCACUCUGCUGCAGGCUGGUGUUCACCAUGGAUGCAGACACGGAGGCUGGCAGGGUGACCACCCGCUCCAGACGACCCGGUCCACUCCGGUUCUGGAUGUGUCUACUCGGGCUGCUUCUGCCGGCCCUUCUGGCGGACAGUGCCAAGCAGAGUGUUCCCAGGGUCACGCUGGGGUACAAAGAGCUGCUUCACUCAGGCACGGUGGCCCCUUUCCGUGAGGGGCUGCACUCCCACACCCUGCUGCUGGAUGAGGAGAGGGGCCGCCUGCUGCUGGGGGCCAGGGACCACAUCUUCAUGCUGGACCUGGAGCACCUCAACAGGAGCCCAAAGAAGAUCAGCUGGCCUGCAUCAAGAGAGAGAGUGGAAACAUGUAUUUUCGCUGGGAAAAAUCCCCAUACGGAGUGUGCCAAUUUUAUCCGGGUGCUCCACUGCUACAACCGGACACAUGUGUAUGCGUGCGGGACUGGGGCCUUCCUCCCGAUGUGUGGUUUUGUGGAGACUGGCGGACGUGGAGAGGAUGCCACAUUCCAGCUCCAUCUGCACAGCAUUGAGCCUGGGAGACUGAAGUGCCCCUUUGACCCCUGGCAGCCCUUUGCCUCGGUCCUAACAGAUCAGUAUCUGUAUGCUGGAACGGCGUCCGACUUCCUUGGAAGGGACACGACGUUCUCCCGCUCCCUCGGCCCUCCUCACGAUCAGCAUUACAUCAGGACGGACAUAUCGGAGCAUUAUUGGAUCAACGAAGCCAAGUUUAUAGCGGCCCAUCCCAUCCCUGACACCUACAACCCCGACGACGACAAGAUUUACUUCUUCUUCCGAGAGGCGUCCCGGGACGGGGGCUCCGGCGAUAAAAGUGUCCUGUCCCGCGUGGCCCGUGUCUGCAGAAAUGAUAUGGGAGGACUAAGGAGUCUGAUCAACAAAUGGACCACGUUCCUCAAGGCCAGGCUGGUUUGCUCUAUACCAGGGCCGGACGGAGUAGACACCCACUUUGACGAGCUGCAGGACAUCUUUCUGCUCCCUACUAGAGAUGAGAGAAACCCCACUGUCUAUGGAGUCUUCAGCACCACAAGCUCUGUAUUCAAGGGCUCAGCAGUGUGUGUGUACAACAUGGCUGACAUCCGAGCCGUAUUCAAUGGGCCGUACGCACACAAAGAGGGACCCGACCACCGCUGGGUGGAGUACGAGGGGAGGAUACCGUACCCGAGGCCUGGGACUUGUCCAAGCAAAACUUAUGACCCACGGUUCAAGACAACCAAAGAUUUUCCAGAUGAAGUGAUCAGCUUCAUUAAGAGCCACCCACUAAUGUACAACGCUGUGUACCCAGUCACUGGCGCACCCGUGUUCACCCGGGUCAAUGUGGACUACAGGCUGACUCAGAUAGCUGUGGACCGUGUUGUGGCUGAGGAUGGACAAUACGCUGUCAUGUUUCUAGGGACAGAUGUGGGGACGGUUCUGAAGGUGGUGAGCAUCACUCAGGAGAACUGGGCGACGGAAGAGGUGGUGCUGGAGGAGCUGCAGGUGUUCCAGAUCCCUUCACCGAUCGUGAACAUGGAAAUUUCCUCAAAACAGCAACAGUUGUACAUCGGCUCCAGAGACGGGCUGGCCCAGGUGUCCCUGCACCGCUGCCACAUCCACGGGAAGGCGUGCGCGGAGUGCUGCCUGGCCCGGGACCCCUACUGCGCCUGGGACGGCCAGUCCUGCUCCAGAUACGUCCCGGCCUCCAAGAGGAGGGCCAGGAGACAGGAUAUCAAACACGGGGAUCCUGCCAGCCAGUGCUGGGACGUUGAGGACUCCACUAGUAUGGUGCAGGCCGAAGAGAGGCUGAUGUUUGGAGUGGAGCACAACUCUACGUUCCUGGAGUGUGUCCCUAAGUCCCAGCAGGCCCUGAUCCGCUGGUUCCUGCAGAGGUCUGGAUCCGAUCACCGGGAGGAGGUGAAGCCGGACGAGCGGGUCAUCCGGACGGACCUGGGGCUGCUGAUCCGGACGCUGCACCAGCGGGACGCUGGGGCGUAUUACUGCAUGGCCCAGGAGCACUCCUUCACCCACCCCCUGCUGAAGAUCACCCUCAGGGUCAUCGAUCAGGGCCACCUGGAGCCCCGGGCACCCCGGGCCGAGGACCUGGCCACCGAGGCUCGGCACCGCUACAAGGACUACCUGCGCCUGAUGGGCGGGCCGUCGCUCAGCGUGGACCAGUACUGCGAGACGCUCUGGUUCCGCGACAGGAAGCAGAAGCCCAGGGGCCGGGCGGGGCCGGGGAAGUGGAAACACAUGCAGGAAAUGAGGAAGAGCAGGAACAGGAGGCACCACCUCCCACCGGGGGCCACGCCCGCAGAAACCCGCGGGGGCCGCGGCGCCGAGGGGCCACACUGAUCCACGGCAGAGGAAGGGCCCGCUGGACUGUGAGAGAAGUAAAAAAACCGCCAGACUGUACUCUGAGUUCAGAGUGGCUGAGCUAGAACCUGACGAAAAUGCAUCCAUUUCAAAUAUUUGUAAAUAGGCCAAUUACCUUGUACAGCAGAGCAUGAAUGCUUUAGUUUUGAUUUAUUAAUAAAUGAGAAUCAAAUCACUGUAAACCAAACAUUCUGGUUGUAUCAAGGAAGGUGGCAUAUUUUUUGUAUAAAGUUGAUGUUUUGUAGAUCGAUAAGUCAUUUCUAGUGUGUCAUUAGCCAAAAUACUAUUUUUAUUUAUAAAGAGGUUUUAGAUCCUCAUCGUUUUUAUUUCAUGUUUUACAAUGUACAGUGCCUUUUUUAGAAUACUAAUAUUGUAUUAACAAAACCAGAAAAAAAAUGUUAUUCCACCCGCACAUUUAGUAUAAAUCAUACAUGUAGGCCGUACCUUGAUCAGAACUAAUUGAAUCCAGAUUCCUACAAGUGAGAUUAUGGUAUUUGAAAAUAAACUGAGCUUUUUUGUUCAAGGUUAUACUAGCACAAGGAGAACAGUAAAUGGGAAAUCAAGCACAAUUUUUGUCUUGACGAGUCACUGAUGGAAAAAAAAACAUUCUGGAAGCUAAUGGUCGCUGGACAGCUGAGCUCAGACAAAUCACAAUGCCACCUGAUUGGUCUAGAGUGAGACAGGGCAUUCUUCUGAUGAAAUGCCUCUGAACCCUAUUUGUGUGUGUGUGUGUGUGUGUGCCUGUAUGUGUGUCUGUGUCUGUGUUUAUAGGAGCAGGGAAGUGUUCUGACAUGUCUUCACUAUGUUCCUCGCUCUUUGUAAAUGCAUCCAUUCGACACAAAUUCAUAUUGGCGAAUUUUAGAACCAUAAUUUCCAGCCUUCACUAUGUGUAAACAGCACUUGCUGCUGUAUGUUUUUCUUUGUAUGUGUAUGUAUAACUAAGAUCUCAUUUCCCAACUCAAUAAAAAUGUGAAUCGACCCAACCCAACCAAAUAA